UGGCGCUAUAUUUCUUCCAGGAUAUCGAGACCUAACGGAAGGUCGUUUCAGACAUUCGCAAUCAAGGUGAAGAAGGGGAUCGAUCACAUUUCAAUCGAGAAUUAGGGCUGUUUGUUCUACGAGUUUUCGGAAUUGGGUUCAUUAGUUCGAUUAUGUUGGGGUUUUUCCACUUUUUGACGCUAAAAGAAGUCGGUAUUCGAUCUCAGCUUUUAUGCGCAUUCAGAUUUGAUGGCAUUAUACGGGUUAAUCUCUGUUUCUCCGUAGGGUUUGAGUUAUUUGAUUCGGAUUAGUUUGACGAUUUAGUGGGAAAUAUUAUAUUAUAUGAUGAUUAUGCUCUGGAUUUCGUGUAUUUGGCACCAACAAAUAGUGUAGAGUGGGAAUCCUAGAUCUUAGUUUUCACUUCAGAUUUUAGAAUAACAUCAACUUCGCAUUCAUGGUUUGAAGCAAAAGCAACGAUAUGGGAAGUAGAAUUGGUAACGUUUAUGAAGUAUGUUGUUAUCCUUGCUGAGUAAGAGAACAUUAAAUGCAGAUUCCAGGGAUGCAUAUGGAUUUACUGUGAGACCUCAGUACCUUGACACAUUCAAAGAGUUUGAUAGUAUCUAUAAGAAGGAGGAAGAAGAAAGGUCAACAAAAUGGAGGUCCUUUCUCGAGCAGCAAGAAGAGCUUGUUCGAUUGAACUCGAGCAUCAAAAAACCUGAUGAUGCUGAGGUUACAGAAGAGAACACCAAUCAUGUCUUGGAAUCAACUCAAAAAGAGGGAGAUGUUUUAAGUGACAAGAAGCCAACAGAAGAUAAUAGUAAUAAUAAUACUAACAACAAUCAAACAGAAAAUGUUCCUGAAAAAGUUGUCUCAGAGGCAGCAAAACCAGCAAAGAAGCAUGCCUUGCAAAACUGGACAGAUGUCAGAACAUCUCUCAACACCAUGGAAGAUAUGAUGUGUCAUCGUGUCAACAAUCCUCAAAAACAUGUUCAAGAGGAGGGAGUGGGACCCUCCACAGAGGAGUUAACAACAGAUGAUGAAAAACCAAAUCCUGUAUUUCCAUGGAAAGAACUUGAGUCACUUGUUCGUGGUGGUGUGCCUAGAGAGCUUAGAGGAGAGGUAUGGCAAGCUUUUGUUGGUGUGAAAGCACGUAGGGUGGAGAGAUACUACCAGAAUUUGUUGGAGGUAGGAGAUGCUGGAAACAAACAAUUGCAUGAUCAGAUCAAAUCAAAUCCAAAAAGAUUAGGGGAAAAAGGAGAAAAGGCAGCUGUGCCUGAAAAAUGUAAAAAACAAAUUGAAAAGGAUUUACCAAGAACAUUUCCAGGUCAUCCUGCAUUAAAUGAAGAGGGUAGGGACUCCUUGAGACGCUUACUUUUAGCAUAUGCUCGCCAUAACCCUGAUGUUGGGUAUUGCCAGGCAAUGAAUUUUUUUGCUGCAAUGUUACUACUAAUGAUGCCUGAAGAAAAUGCCUUUUGGACUUUGGUUGGCAUGAUUGAUGAUUACUUUGAUGGAUACUUCACCACAGACAUGAUCGAAUCCCAGGUGGAUCAACUUGUUUUUGAAGAUUUAAUGCGUGAACGAUAUCCUAAACUAGUUAAUCAUUUUAACAUGUUGGGAGUUGAAAUGGGUUGGAUUUGUGGACCAUGGUUUCUUUCCAUCUUUGUAAACAUGAUCCCAUGGGAAAGUGUUCUUCGUGUUUGGGAUGUAAUUUUAUUCGAAGGAAAUCGCGCAAUGUUACUACGAACUGCAUUGGCUUUAAUGGAGCUAUAUGGUCCUGAUUUAUGUACAACAAGAGAUGCAGGAGAUGCAAUCACUUCAAUGCAAUCACUUGUCAGUUCAACAUUCGAUAGCAGCAAUCUUGUUGUGACUGCUUGCAUAAGUUUCUCAUAUGUAACAGAAGAUACAUUACAACAACUUAGAGAGAAACACAGACCUGAUGUGAUUGCAGCAGUUGAAGAAAGAAAAAGAGGAGAUGCUAUAAGGAAAGAUCCAAAAGGACUUGCUACUAAAUUAUACAGUUUCAAACAUGAACCUAAGCCACUUGUACGACAACCUAGUAUGAAACAAGGAUUAACAAAUGACAACACAAAUUUGAACACUGCUCCUAAACCUGAUGACUCUCUUAAUAUUGCUGCCAUGACUACAGAAGUUGACUCUCUUCCUGAUUUUCAAGAUCAGGUUGUAUGGUUGAAGGCUCAGUUGUGUUCAAUGCUGGAUGACAAGAGAUCCGCUACAAUAAGAGCUGAGGAGUUGGAGAUAGCACUCAUGGAGAUGGCUAAAGAAGAUAAUAGGCGUGAACUGACAGCAAAGAUUGAGCAUAUGGAACGAGAGGUUAAUGAGUUGCACCAACUUCUUGCUGAUAAGAAAGAACAGGAGAAAAAAAUGCUUGAGGUUUUAAUGCGAGUUGAGCAAGAACAAAAGGUGGCAGAAGAUGCUCGUAAAUCUGCAGAGCAAGAUGCAGCUGCUCAGAGAUAUUUAGUGAAUGUACUUGAGAGGAAGUAUGAAGAAGCUGUGUAUACUCUUGCUCAAAUGGAAAAGAGAGUUGUAAUGGCGGAAUCUACUUUAGAGGCAACAAUGCAAUACAAUUCUGGUCAAGUCAAAGCAGUACAACCAACAGGGUUAAUUCGUCCGGAAUCUAACACAGCUGGAAGAAGGCCGGGGAUACUUUCAUUUGGACUUGGUUGGCGUGACAGGAACAAGACAAAAACUACGGGUGAAAGUAAAAGCAGCAAUGAGGUGUCAGAUGCAAAAGCUGCAUCUGAAACCAAUGGUUACCAAGAACCAGAAAAAUAGAAAGAAAUCAUUGAGAUGGGAUUUCUCAAAUUGCGUAAAAUACAUAAAUGUCCUUCCUCUCCUUGUCAUAAAAAAAUUCUUACCUUGUAUCAAAUGCAACCUAGCUUAUUUCACAC